GAACGAAAUGAUUGAAUUAUCCAUAGCCUUCAUGUCAUAGGUUAUGCACUCUUUACAUAUAUACGAGAUGAGUAGCCGUCGUUUAGUUCUUCCUGCAGUUCGCCACGAACUUGCACACUGCUUUCUGAAACUAUCCUAAGCCAAGCUAUCUGUAGCUCACACCCUAUGCUGUUAUAGAGGUCAGCAUACCUUAGUCUUUCACAAUAAUCUAAAAGCGAUAAUAUCAAGAAGUAUAAAACUACUAUUUGUUCUGGAUUGGUACGAUAUACACAUACAUACAUUUACAUACAAGACACAAACUAAUCACAAUGGCCGUAGGAAGUACCGCGGUUGCCCCUGGGCGCCGUUUCUCGCCUACUGGAACACAAACAGUUGUGAUCAAAGAAAAGUUGCGAUCAUGCAACUCCAAGCCUUUGAAGAUCACACGCACAAGUACAUUCGGAUUGAGUUCGCAGUUUAAGCACCUUUCCGUAGACAGUUUUGAACAGCUUACAAGACCGGAAGGGUCUAAAAUGCUGUUCAACAUCUGUGAAAAGCAGACACAGUUCCUAGCCAACCCACAGUACCUCACAAGAGUACAAAAGGGGGACAUUGAGGAAGGCAUGCGACGUGAUAUUGUUGAAUGGAUGUACAAGUUGAACGUGCACUUCGAGUACUUGCACGAAACAUUCGCUGUUGCUGUCAACUUGUUUGACCGAUUUCUGAGUCAGGUCAAAGUUAAACCCCUUCACCUGCAGUUGAUAGCCGCCACAUCUCUGCUGCUGGCUGCCAAGAUACAGGAGGCCUGGAACACACACCCCGCAUAUAAUGAUCUAGUGCCUGCCGGUAACUACUCGUUCUCUGCGUGUGAUCUGCAGAAGAUGGAAAAGCUUAUAAUCACAAAGUUGAGUUGGAACUUGAAUCCCGUCACCCCGCAUGUGGUGUUGCAUCAGCUGAUGCGCUUUGUGGGGAUGAAGAAUGAAAGUGCACGCGCUAAGGUGAUCGAGGAAGGAGAGAACCUCGUCAACUCGUGUUUACUUGAAUCACACUUCAUGAUCUUCCGCCCGUCAACACUUGCUGCGUGUGUUGCGAUGAUGGCUCUGAACGAGAUGGGUGAACUGGAACAGAACGACAAGACUUUGCGACAGAUUUUGUUUUUGACUUCAACCAAGCCUGAGAUUUACAACCAGUGCACCGACGAUCUGAAGCGUAUCCGCAUCAACGUUACACCUGCGUUGUAAAGUGCCCCAGCACUUGCUCGAGAUCACACACGUUCGUACGUAUUCAAAACACCUGUAUACUCGUAUAGCGUGUAUGCAUGUGUUUAGAAUUUUAUAGGUCUGCUCUGGUUGAUGUGCCUUCCCAGAGAGGUCGAACUUAACGAGAACUACUAUUACUAUGUCAUCAUUGACUUUUAUUAAAGGACUCUUAUAAUAAUCGACCAGAUAACCGAAAAAUAUCAUAUAUUUACAGCAUGAAUGUAUGUACUUUGGCAUAGUUGCUACCGUGUGUGUGAAGGGAUGAUGAUUAGUACAAUUACACAUCACCCUGAAUGCUUCAUCAAACAGGCUAGGCGUGAACAUUUCUAGACACUUUCCUCUCAGAUAUGCUUAUGAAUUAUUUUUCAUAGUUCAUGCAGUUUAGACACAUAUCCACCCUACAUUGAUGUGUCUAGACACUUUUCUCUUAGAUAUGCUUAUGAACUAUUUUUCAUAUUUCAUGCAGUUUAGACUCAUAUCCACCCUACAUUGGUG